UUUGACUUUAUUCUUUCUGGUGUGAAUUUUGAUUUACCAGGAAAUGGAAGGAAGGAAUGUUCAGAGUUUCUUCCUUUAACUCAAAGAAUUAUAGAAAGUAUAUUAUCAUUAUUAUUAGCUGUGUAUUUAAUAUGGAAGUUUUACCCCAAUUUAAAAGUUCCACUUGUUGGUAAAGAUGCUCUGGAUCGUGAAAUGAACUACUGGGGAAAACGGGUUAUGUUGGUGGUAAUGUGUGUAACGUUUGGAAUUGAAUUAGGAUUUAAGUUUGCUACUCAACAGAUGAUCUGGAUCAUUAAUCCAUGCCACUUGGUCACUAUUAUUCAGAUUUAUUUAUUAGCAGCUCCACCAAGUAAACAUGUAACUGGUAUAUUUCGACUUCAUAUUCAUAUGUUAACUGGUGCACCUAUGGCUCUUUUCUUUCCUGUUACCAAUACUAGAUUGUUGGCGUUUGAAGCUGAGACAUAUUUUAUAAAACAUACAUUAAUGUUAAUCAUACCAUUUUAUUUGAUGAGAAUGAAAGGAGUGUACAUUCCUGAACAGCUUGGUGAUUUUAGCUGGUCUAUGGUAGCCUUUGCAUAUUUAAUAGCAUACCAUUUCCUUCCCUUACAAAUUAUAGCUCUUCUAUCCUAUGUGAAUUUGAAUAGUAUGUUAUGUCCAGCCAUAUCAGAUCCUUUUCGAGGACAAUACUAUAGAAUGUGCGGAGUCUCCCAUCAACUCAUUAUCAUACCGGCUUUUGGCAAACUCUACGCUUGGAUAGCCCAGUAUUUC